GUGCGUAUGUGUAAGGUACAAUACAAACUGACGUUAGUUGGAUAGCGAUAUAAAUUUCUGAGACUGAAGAAUCGAUAGCAAGGUGCCAUUUAGAACGCAUUAUUAAAUUAAUCAAAAUUCCUAACAAUUUCAAAGACCAAACGUUAUUGAAUAGGCACAAAGAAUUUCGAACAGUCGCGCGAAAUGUCCUCACCUUUUGUGUAUCUGACCAGAAAGGAGUGCUUCAGUGCUUGCCAUCGUUUGCAUAGCCCAUUUCUAAGCGAGGAAGCGAAUCGACAGGUGUACGGAAAGUGCAACAAUCCGAAUGGUCAUGGUCACAACUAUACUGUCGAGGUCACCGUCCGAGGCCCGGUCGAUCAUAAGACCGGGAUGGUCAUGAACAUCACCGAUUUGAAGCAAUACAUGGACCAAACGAUUAUGAAAAAGUUGGACCACCUGAACUUGGAUAAGGACGUUCCGUAUUUCAAGAAUUUGGCCAGCACAACGGAAAACGUGGCCAUCUUCAUCUGGGACAGUUUAAAGCUGGUAAUGCCCAAGCCGGACCUGCUGUACGAGGUGAAGAUCUACGAAACGGACAAAAACUCGGUCAUCUACCGGGGUCAGAAGUACGAUACUAACCAUCACUACCACAACAACGAUCUGGCGGCAACCGGCACCGAUAACGUGUGUUCGAAUCUUUCGUCCGACUCGGACAGCUAGAGCAGAAGUGCCGAGCGGCGUAAUAAGGCAGCCUCAACCAACCGAUCGGUGAUAAGGGUUGCAGUAAAAAAAAAGAUAUUGAUAUUUGUUUUAAUUGAAACAGAACUGACACGUGCGUGAGAUCUUCAU